AUGAACUCAAAUAAACCUGAACUUGUUAUCAUUGAUGACUACUGCAACGACAAUCUACUCCAGAAGAAUCUGUUUUCUCACUACUUUACUCGUGGCCGCCAUUUCAAAUUGACUACCAUUUUCCUUAGUCAUAGCUACUUUGCCACUGACAAGAGGAUUAGAUUGAAUGCAGAGUAUGUAUCUAUUCUAAAAACUAAUUCCAAGCGUGAUUUGGUCAUGGUUGUGAAGGACUUCAAUAUACCGGGAGUUGAUGAACGUAGUAUCGUAUACUACUACAACAAAGCCACGGAACGUAAAGGUCAGAUGUUAUUUGUGGAUUCGGUUAAAGGUCAGCUUCGGUACAACUUCGAUCGCAUAUAG